UGCGACCGCCGUAGCAACUUGGCGCGCGCUCAAGAGCGGUUUGGGGUUUGUUUUUGUUUUUGCGCAUGCGCAGCGCGCGCCGCACAUCCGCCCGCUAUAUGAGACCGAACUCGGGCAUGUUUUAAUUUUUUCAACAAAAAAAAACCAAAAAAAAAAAACCCCAACAGUCUUCGAGAUGGACGGGACCGAGGCGAACCAGAGGAACUGUACGAGGAACGACGCCGUAGCAGAUUCGGGACAAGACAAGAAGAGCGGCUCGAAGGAGCGCGUGACACUUAAGAAGGAAAUCGGUUUGAUGAGCGCGUGCGCUAUUAUUAUAGGUAACAUCAUCGGCUCAGGUAUCUUCAUCUCUCCAAAGGGGGUUCUGGAGCAUGCCGGCAGCGUGGGCUUCUCCCUCAUCGUCUGGGUUCUCGGCGGAGGAAUUUGCGCUCUGGGGUCACUGUGCUACGCCGAACUGGGCGUCACCAUCCCCAAAUCUGGGGGAGAUUACUCCUACGUGACAGAAAUCUUCGGAGGACUGGUGGGGUUCUUGUUACUGUGGAGUGCAGUAUGGAUAAUGUAUCCCACCACGCUGGCUGUGAUCGCCCUCACGUUCUCAAACUACGUCCUGCAGCCGGCGUUCCCAAACUGCCUUCCUCCCUAUAUCGCCACUCGAAUCCUGUCCACGAUCUGCAUCCUGCUGCUGACGUGGGUGAACUGCUCCAGUGUUCGCUGGGCCACACGCAUCCAGGAUUUCUUCACCAUCGGGAAACUGCUUGCUCUUGUUCUCAUUAUCGUAGUGGGCUUGGUCCAAAUUUGCAAAGGGCACUAUGACGCUCUGGAGCCUCAAGCAGCGUUCGAGUUUAUCCGAGAUCCGUCAGUGGGGCAGAUCGCUCUGGCCUUCCUGCAGGCCUCGUUUGCCUUCAGUGGUUGGAACUUCCUCAACUACGUCACCGAGGAGGUGGUGGAGCCACGCAAGAAUCUGCCACGUGCAAUCUACAUCUCCAUUCCUCUGGUCACAUUAGUGUACACGCUCACCAACAUCGCCUACUUCUCCUCCAUGACCCCCGAGGAGCUGCUCGCGUCCAACGCCGUCGCCGUGACGUUUGGUGAGAAGCUGUUGGGGAUGUUCUCCUGGGUCAUGCCCAUCUCUGUGGCGUUGUCAACGUUCGGAGGGAUUAACGGCUACCUGUUCACGUCCUCCAGGUUGUGUUUCUCAGGUGCGAGAGAAGGACACCUGCCCUACCUGCUGGCUAUGAUCCAUCUGAAGAACUGCACACCCAUCCCGGCUCUGCUCGUCUGUUGCACCGCAACCAUCGUCAUCCUCUGCAUUGGUGAAACCCACAACCUGAUCAACUACGUGUCUUUUAUAAACUACCUCUCAUACGGCGUGACCAUCGCCGGCUUGCUGUUCUAUCGCUGGAAGAAACCCAAUCUCUUCAGACCAAUUAAGGUGAGUUUGCUGAUCCCCAUCAGUUACCUGGUGUUCUGGGCCGUGUUGCUGGGCUUCAGUCUGUACUCUGAGCCUGUGGUGUGUGGGAUGGGGCUGGUCAUCAUGCUCACCGGAGUCCCUAUCUACUUCAUCGGAGUGCAGUGGUCACAAAAGCCACGCUGGAUCUACAGCGCAGUGGAGCGUGUGACGUAUUUGGGCCAGAAGGUGUGCUACGUCGUGUUCCCUCAGGAAGAUCCGUUCGAAACGGAGCCUCUCACAGAGAAAACCGAGAAGUCGGAGCUCUGAAGCGUCAAAACUUCCAGGGAAAAUUUGUCCCCUAUUUUUUUCUUUUUUUUUCUUUCUUUCUUUUUGUUUUUUUAAUAUUACGGGGUCAAAAAAAAAAAAAAAAAAAACCCAACCCACCCAGAAAAGCAGCAGUUAUUAACUCUGAGUUUCUUGUGCAGGUGAUGAGACGGAUUUCUCUAUGGUGCUCUAGGUUCCAGUUUCAGUUAUUUUAUUUCAUUUCCUCAUGUGUGUAAAGACAGAGAGGCCGGUUGAAAGAGGGGAGGUGCACAUUGUCUUUUUAUUAUCCCGGGCUUUUCCCGUCUUUUCCGCUGCCUGCGGAUGUCGGAAUGUGUGAAACGAACCCUUUUGUCCUCACAAAAGGAACCGGUUUCCACUGACCUCCACUCGUUGCUACCUGGAGGCCAUUCCUGAUUUAAAAUACGGAGCAUGUGUUCUCUUGAGCCGUGCAGGAUCUUUUGUUUUGUUGCUCUUUGUGUAUUAACGACUACCGGCCCAUAACUUUCAGUUGUGUGUGUGUGUGUGUGUGUGAGUGUGCGAGUGUGAGUGUUUCUUCUUUGAGUCCUUGUAUAUAUGGCAUGCAGCCAUAAAUCCAUAAGUCGUACCACAGGGACGUGUGUAAACAGUUCAUUUCUAGUUGUUUUUUUUUGUUGUUGUUUUUUUUUCAGAACAUGAAGUUCAGCUCUGCAUCAGGUGUCCUUAAAACUGGUGUGUACUUUUUAAACAAGGCGAAAAUAUGCAAAUGAUAUCGAGACUUCGGAGCAUUUCUGCAGCUAUUCCUUUCUCGAAGACGGGAAGCCUUAAAAUCCAUUCAAGUAGCCGUCCUCAAAAACUUCAUUAUUUUUAUUUUUACUUUUAAACCGUAAUUCAGUUUUUAUUUCUUUUUCUCACAGCGAUAGGUCGUCUCCAACGGCAUCUUCAUGCAUGAAUAUUUAUUAUAUAUAUACGUUUAUGUUUCUCGGAAAACCGUUUGUCCGAAUCACAAGCUUAUGCCCACUAGGGAAUGUGUAGUGCACUCCAUGACCAAUAGAGCUCCGUUUAGGAAAGAAACGUAGCGGAAAGAACGGAACGGUAAGAAAGGUAACUGAAAGAAUGUUAAGGGAAAGAAAAGCGGGAAAGAAGGUAUCCCGAUUUAAGCAGCUAAUAAGAUUUCUCGUAUUUUCUCGACUCGGAUAAAUCCAGAACAACUCGUACACUUUGUUUAUUCAAUAAGCUUGACUCGUUCAUAUUCAGUAAAGCACUUUAUCCUGGUUAGGGACGUGGUGGAAACGGAGUCUGUCCCAGGAACGCCGACUGGGAGGUGGGAAUACAUCCCGGAUGGGACGCUAGUUCGACGAAUUUACUUUGAAAAAGCUAUUUAAGUAACGUCACGUUACAGUUCACAUCGACUUAACAACACCCGUGACUUUGUGGCCGACAUUUGUUAGCGAUUCCGCAAAAUGUGCAAAUUUUAUGACAUUUUUACGACAAACGUUGUUAAUGCAAACGCCCUCUGCUGGUGUGCGGAGCGUUCGUGUCAUCCGUCGAUAUUAGUGCACGUUAGGAUGCAGGAUGAAGUUACACUACGUUCACACUAGCAAGAAAGAAGUCGUUAGUGUCACUUGUAGUUUGUCGCUUGUGGGCGUGGCCAUGUCGAGCGUUGUUUUUGUCUCUUUUUUUUAUUAUUAUUAUUUCCGAUGCGAAACGGUAGUAGCUACACUUCCAAAAACAAACUAGUUAAACACUAUUUAAAGAGCACACUAAUCCGUGUGAAAUGUGGUCGUUUACAUGCUACGUGCUUGGCCUCGUACUAGCUCCGUUGGCCGAUUAGCAGCCGUACUAGCUACGUACGCUCAGCAGAGACCCCAACGAUCUUUGCUACUUCCUUCCAAGCUUUAUUUUUCUUCAGAGCGUCUCCAACGGUGCCUGACGCUGCCCCUGAAAUCGUGACUCCGUGACACGUACCAAAAGAACACUCUCCUGUUACUUUGUCGCCCUCUAGUGUGAACAUAGUGUUACUUUACGCUAUACUACGGAUGUUGAACUGAAACCAGGCCAGACAGGCGUGUGCUGAAGUGUGAUCGGAGCUGUGUGAUGGUGUAAAUGUGUGUGUGUUAAUGCUGCAGCUGCCUCCUAUAUGAUGAUCAUGCACUCUGGAAUGUAGAUAUUUGUUGUAUGUGUGUGCUUUUACAGAAUGUGCUGUCACAUCGCGAUUAAUAAGAAUGAACUGAUUAUUUUCACACGCAAAUUUGGUUCUAAUGCUGCAUUCGUGACUGAAGUGGGGCGUUUCCGUCUUCUGAUUAUAGCAUACUUACCAUUUAGAGUUGGAAUUCUGUGACGUCGUUUUCAACACGGUGGCACCCAUAGUGCCAUUCAUCUAGGGUUCCGUGUUCCUAUUGUUUUGUGUUCCCAGUUCCUAGGUUCCAAAGGUUCUGUGCUCCCAGAGCCUAUGUUCCCAGAACCUUAUGUUUCUUCACUUUUAUGUUCCCCAGGCCUUCUUUAUCUAAGGCACUGUGUUCCCAGAAUCCUAUUUAUCCACGUUUUUAUAUUUCAAGUACCCGAUGUAUCUCAGGUCCUUUGUUCUCAGUAUCCUAUGUAUUUAAGGUUCUAUGCUCCCAAGGCUUUAGGUUUCCACAUCCUAUAUUCCAAGGGUUCUAUGCUUCCAGAGCCAUAUCCUGGUGCCUAUCGUCAAGAGCCCCAUUGUUGGCAUGUUCCUAGAACCCUAUGUUUCUACACGUCUAAGUUCCCCGGAUCCUAUGUAUCUACAGUUCUAUAUUCCCAGGACCCUAUAUAUCUAUGGUCCCAUGUUCCUAGGCCUCUAUGUUUCCAGGACCCUAUGUAUCUAUGGUCCUAUAUUCCCAGAACCCUAUCUUCCCAGUAUUACAUGUUCCCUGAACCCCAUGUAUCUAUGGCCCAAUGUUCCCAGGGUUCUGUGCUCAGAGGAACCUAGGUAUCUAGGGUUUACCCAUGUAUCUUUGUGUCUAUGUCUAUCUAGGGGGGGGGUUCUGGGAAAACUUGACCACCCAGCUUUCAUGAACGCAGCAUAGGACCACAUUUACAUUUUUGCCAUAUGGUACAUUUUCAGAGUGUUUGUAUGGUUUGUGGAAUUUUUUUUCGCUAUUUAGGGUUUGUAACGUGUUUUUUUUUUUUUUUUUUUUUAAACCAUUUUAUCAUUUAAUAGAUGCAAAAAAAAAAAACCCCACAAGCAAUGAAAAGUGAGUCGAGUGUGUGUUAAGGACACCUGAUGACUGUGAAUGUAUUUCAUCUAACUCCAGCACUUAUCCCUUAACCCGUCAGGAUUAAAGUCACUUUAAUAUAAAAGUAUCGUUUGUUAACCAAACCCCAGUUAAUAAGCCAUUGUAAUAUAUCUAUGCAAACAGAGGUUUAAUCAUUUUAAUGGUUUAUUACUGUUUUUUAUAGUUAUACAGUGACCUGCCGCAGUAACACGCCACUGCCAAACAAAACUCAGAUCGUACUAUUUUCCGACCCCAGGAACUCGGCCACGUCUCUUCUUAUCGCGUUUUGAAUUUUAACGACACGUUAACAAUCACCGUGCGCGUGUUUUUGCUACGCUGGAAUUGAAGAAAUGUAUUUUAGGUUUCAUGGGGACUAAAAAAAAAAAAAAAAGGGACAUUCCGCUGAGACAUGCUUGAAUAAUAUUUCAUCAUUUACAGUGUCUGUUCUAGGGGUGCAUCAAUACCAAGUCGAUACCGAUACGGAAGUCUACUUAUUAUUAAUCAAUCAAACCUGAGCGUGCAGAGCAGUGUGAGCGAGCGUGGCCGUUGACUUACGAGCACGGCGUAGACGCUGCCCAGUGAGAGGAAAGGAAGUGGGCGUGUCUGAGCGUCCGGUGCUCGCUGAACUGAAAUGCUCUCACUCCUCCGCGCACGUGAAUACCUUUUAUAUGCACAAUUCACAGCAUCUCACUGAUACAGCUCUGCACACUCGGGUCAGCCUCCUCACACUGUCUGUUAAACAUAUCGCGUCACAUCAGAAAUCGGUAACAGCACGUUCGACGAGUGAGUAAACGAGCACGGUGUUGUUAAUGAUGCGUCUCUAAUCUAUUCCCAGAGCCUCCUGACUUAAAUCAGCACGUAGACUCGACAGAUUUCUUCAUAGCUGUACAAACAAGUUUCACCCCCCAACUAAAUCUCUCUCGCUCUCGCUCUCUUUUUUCUUUUAAACAAAUAAUAAUAUAAUAUAUUGGUCAGUCUAGACUUUUUCCAUUUCAGGGCGAGAUGUUUCUGUCCCUAAACGUGACACCGACCCCGUUCUCUCUGCCUCAGUCACCAAGUGCUUCAUUCGAACAAACCCAGCCGUAUAAAUAUUAUUCCUGAAAGAGAGAGACAGCAUUCCUGAGGCCAGCCGAGCGAGACAUCGGGAAUGUGUGCUAUAAAGAUGUACUUUGUUGUAAAAGAUGGGUACGUGUAACAAAAAUAGAACAAUAAAGUUAAUUCAAAAGUUUA